AUGCAUAAAAUUGCUAGUGAUUUAUAUCGAUUAAAGACCACAUAUCAACAGUCACUUGAGCAACAACAAUUUUCUUCAACAGAUCCGUUAAUAAAAUUAGCUAGAAGAGUUGAUGCCGAAAGAAUAUAUGAUCCACCUGGUGAAUUAUCAAAAAAUGGUAAAAGGCAUGAUAAUGAUUUUGAAGAAGUUUCAAAUAUAUUAAUUAUUCCUACAAAUAAAGAAAUAUUAUGUGACCGUUCACCUUUUUUACCUUCUACACUUCACAAUUCAUUACAUUUUUUACCUGAUGGACCAGCCAGAUUACUAGAUACACAAUUCCGUCUUUUAAGGGAAGAUUUGUUAAAUCCAAUUCGUGGUGGUUUAUCAAAUUUAUUGACUGCAUUAUUACAAGAGUAUCAUUCUUCUACUAAUGAUAUUAAAUUAUCCAAAGAAUUAAAGAAAAUACAAGAUGGGGGUGGUAGAUUUUCGUAUAAUAAUGGUGUAAACGAAAAUGGUGAUCUACAAGUAUAUACGAAUAUACGAUUUGCUAAUAUUAUUUGUGAUAAAAGGAAAGG